AUGUGGGACUGUGAAUCACCGACUCUGUACGGCUACGGUCCUAGCAUUACCACCGCCUCGGCCCUUCGUGGAACCACGGCAGAAAUUAUGGGGUUCCAAGGCCAGGCAGGGAAUAAUACGGUCGAAUUCUAUGCGGGAACGGCGAAUUCGUUGGCGAAUUUUUGCACAAACAUCACCGAGACCGACGACGCCUUGAAGCAGGUCCGUGGGGGUGGCUUCUUGGCGGAGUUCGAGAGGGAGGACGAGGAACAGGAGGAGGAGGGCGGGUCCUACAGCACCAGUGGGGAUAUUAGUCCGCUUGCAGACAAGAAAGUGUAUCCGUCGUCGAAAGGAAAUCCGCUCUAUGAAAACACCAUGGACAAUUUGAUGAACGGAAAAGAAGGACAAAUCCUAUGGGUGGAAACAGUUUACGUGAAGGAGUUGAGGCGCAAAGCACUUUGCGUGCUAUUUCCUCCCUCCUAG